ACUACCAUCCAUAGAUGUUAAAUAUUUGACAAGUGCACAUCAGCUGAGGGACGCUGAUGUUGCGGAAAAUUACUUUUUAUUCGGAAUAUUCAUUUAAAAUUCUUGAACUAUUUAUAUUAAAAUGGAUUACGACUUUAAAAUGAAAACACAAAUGGAGCGAACAAAAGUAGAAGAUCUGUUUAAUUACGAAGGUUGUAAAGUCGGUCGCGGCACAUAUGGUCAUGUGUACAAGGCAAAGUGGAAGGAGCGGACUGAUGGUAAAGAGUAUGCCCUGAAACAAAUAGAUGGUACUGGAUUGUCAAUGUCAGCAUGCAGAGAAAUAGCACUACUUCGGGAAUUAAAACAUCAAAACGUAAUUACGUUAAUUCGUGUCUUUUUAUCUCAUAAUGACCGAAAAGUAUUUUUAUUAAUCGACUAUGCCGAACAUGAUCUAUGGCACAUAAUUAAAUUUCAUCGAGCUGCAAAAGCUGCCAAAAAGCAAGUAAUUGUGCCAAGGGGAAUGGUGAAGAGUUUGCUAUAUCAAAUUCUGGAUGGUAUACACUAUUUACAUAGUAAUUGGGUUUUGCAUCGUGAUUUAAAGCCGGCGAAUAUUUUAGUUAUGGGUGACGGCAAUGAGCGGGGCCGGGUGAAAAUUGCAGAUAUGGGAUUUGCACGUCUGUUUAAUGCGCCUCUUAAGCCAUUAGCAGAUUUAGAUCCUGUAGUAGUUACGUUUUGGUAUCGUGCACCUGAGCUGCUUUUAGGCGCUCGCCAUUACACAAAAGCUAUAGAUAUUUGGGCAAUUGGUUGCAUUUUUGCAGAAUUAUUAACUUCUGAACCAAUUUUCCACUGUAGACAAGAGGAUAUAAAAACUAGUAAUCCAUAUCAUCACGACCAAUUGGAUCGCAUAUUCAACGUGAUGGGCUUUCCUCAAGACAAGGACUGGGAGGACAUUAAAAAAAUGCCUGAACAUCACACUUUAACAAAAGAUUUUAAACGUUCUACUUAUUCAAACUGUUCUUUAGCUAAAUAUAUGGAGCGUCAUAAAAUUAAACCCGAUAGUAAAGCAUUCCAUCUUUUACAAAAACUUUUACUUAUGGAUCCCAAUAAGCGUAUUACUUCAGAGCAAGCUAUGCAAGAUCCCUACUUCCAAGAGGAUCCACUGCCGACGCAAGACGUAUUUGCUGGUACACCUAUCCCCUAUCCGAAGCGCGAAUUUUUAACAGAUGAUGAUCAAGAAGAUAAGACCGACAAUAAAAGGCAACAGCAACAGCAGCAGCAGCAACAACAACAGCAGCAGCAGCAACAGGAGCCAAGUUCCAAACGUGUUCGUUUAUCAGGACCCCCUGGUCCGGGCCAACAGCAACAACAAGUUCAACAGACACAAGAUUUUCACCAUCAACAACAACAGCAGCAGAUGAUGUUUAAUCAACAGCAAAAUUUUCAGCAACGUUUUUAAAUAUUAUAUAUACCAUAUGCAACCUAAUUAAUUUAAGUUAGAAAAAAUAAUAAGAAUUACUAUUGACUUUAUCUAUAUGUGCGUGAGUAGCUAGAGAAUGUCUAUUUUGUCCACUAACGACGACUUAUUUAGAUAUUUUGAAUAUAAUAAAGAUCACAUAGAACUUAUACACAAAA